AUGGCUCUUGAGCUGUUCAACCUUAGAUGCGUUGAUGGAGAUCUCGGUCAACUAUGCGCGGACCAAUGCAACAAAACUCUCGAUAUUUGCACUGCCAAUUGCGCUGGAAGCUCAAGCUGCACUUCUAGAUGCCAAGGCGAUUGGCUCGAUUGUCUGACAAUCUGCCCCUGUUACUCAGGAUGUCCUGAAGGAUGCCAGGGCUGCCCGAAUCCAAUCUGCGGCGAGACAAACCAGCAACAUCUGUUUGUGAUUGACGAGCGAAUGGGAGAUUACAACAAGGGAAUGCACUGGAACUCCGAAACGGAAGAAAUUCAGUUCAGAAAUUUCAAUUACAACUACAGCUAUCAAUACGACAUAGAGGACUCCUGCUAUGCAAUGAUGAAUGGAGAGCACUAUCUUCUUGGCGGAUAUUACAACAAAAACGCCGUUGCAAAGAUUGAAGACUGCGCUGUCAAGAGACAAGAUGUAACAUUAACCUACGAAUUUGUCGGUGGCACUUUUGGUUCCUGCGCCGAGUAUCAAGGCAAAAUCAUGACGUGCUUCGAUGGAAAAGCGAAGACUUCGAAAGAGUGUCAAAUCUUCAACGGGGUCAACCAUACAAGAAUCGACCAUUUGACAGCUCGCGGUCACGAUUGGGCCGACUUGGUGCUUCACGAAGGAAGUUUGGUCACCGUCGGUGGAUGCGACAAUGAUGGAAGCUACGAGGAAAAGGAGUGUCAUGGCGUGAUGGAGGUUUUCGACGAUGAGCAGGGUUGGAGCUUGACCGGAACGGACUUUGAAUUCUUCGAGAGAAUUACCAACCAUGCUUUGUUUUCUGAACCAUCGGGUCUUAUCUUGAUCACUGACAGCAGUGAUGAUAACAUGGUUUUCCGACUUCGAGAGAAUCUUUGGUCUGAGCUCGGAAACUUGCAAAAAAGCGCAUUCUAUUUGGCAAAGACUCAAUUCCUCGGCGACAUCUUCAUCGGAUACGACUUCCUGGAGCGAAUUACGAUCACUGACGAAGGGAUGACUUCAGUCGUUUAUGAUUCGGGAUUCAAACUGCACAUGGAUUAUUCGCCCAUGUUUCCGGUUGAUGUUGAUUACUGUAUCGAUGCUUGA